GAAUUGAGUACAAAAUCACCAGAGCCUAGUGAAUUGAAUGUUUCCUUGAGGCUAAAUAUUUUGCAGCAGCGAGGUAUUACGAAUGGAAGAACCUUUCAAGUGCGGCCUCUGAAUGAAAAUUCUGAAGAUGGCAUUUCUUUAAUCACCGACUUUGUCAGGGAGCCACCUAAAAUCCCGGCUCCCCAACAUCCUGGACAUUCCUAA